CCGGCGAAGUUGAGGUGGCACGGAGGGAACUUACUGCAGUCAGUCACUGCUGUCUGUGGAGUGGUGUGUUUCGACUGAGCACGAGAGAACGUCUCGUAGCCCCGCCUGCGAUCGAUCAGGUUGCUGAAGGAGCCGGAGGAAAUCGAUGUGAUGAUUCGAACGGGCUCCGGGAAGUGAGUGACUUUUGACGUCAAGCAGCUGCGGGAGGAGAAUUGGAGCUCGGGGUUAAUCGGAUGGCCAGCAUAUAUAAUCUGUUCGUUAUCAACAAGUCCGGAGGCUUGAUAUUUUACAAGGAUUAUGGAUCCACCGGGCGGCUGGACACCAAUGACAGCUUGCGAUUAGCUAGUCUUUGGCAUUCGAUGCAUGCGAUUUCUAUCCAGCUUUCUCCGACCCUCGGUUGCACGGGGAUCGAGGUUUUGGAAGCUGAUACCUUCGAUCUUCACUGCUUCCAGUCACUGACAGGCACGAAGCUUUUCGUUGCUUCAGAGCCGGGGGCGGCAGGCGUGACUGCUUUGCUUAAGACUAUUUACGAGCUCUAUGCAGAUUAUGUUUUGAAGAAUCCGUUCUACGAGGUGGAGAUGCCGAUCAGAUGUGAGCUGUUUGAGCUGAACUUGCUGCAAGCAAUUCGCAAGGACAAGUAUUCCGUUGGAAACCGAUGAGAACGGCCUCUAUCAACAUUGCAUCUUCUCCCUCAGAUCUGAACUGCAUGAGAAACGAGAUUCUUGUCCGGAGUAAACAUGUAAUAUACUUGAAGAAGAGCAGCAGCUUCAUAGGAUCCAUAAUUCCUUCCACAUUGUUACAUUUCUGGAUUUUGUAGUAGCAUUAGAACCUCCUCCUUGUCCACUCUUCCGAAUCCGAGUUGUACAGCUCUGUAGCCCUGAAUCACAAAUUGAUUAAAGAUUUCGUGAGAGCCUGAGUCUACAGGUCGCCAUAUGACCUUUAUAGAGCUUAUGCUUUGAACGACGUAAGAAGUUCACAAACCUGGCAUUUCAUUUUCGGUAGUCUUUCAAGUUUCUAAUGUGUUCGUAGUCGGCACUGAUUUAUCAUCAGAUACUUCUCAUCAUGGAAUAGCUACUAUAGCACUCUCUGUGAGCACUAAUACGAUGCAGGUUCUACAAAGAACACUGGGUAGCCAGAACAGCGGCCACGAUGUUUUAAACAUUCAAAAGUAGGAAGGCAACUCCCGUCGUACGUUACUAUUGUAAGUUGUGAACAAAAGGAACUUUGCGAGGAAACACUUAUGGGUGCCUGUACAUUUACGAUGUUUACUUUUGAGUACUUCC